AUGGUGGAUUUGACUGGAACAGCGAGCCUAAAUAACGAGGUUCCUAUAAUAACUAUGUCCUUGGAAGCGAGUGAUAUAGUAAAACGUCCAAGUAGUGGAAAUCGUGCUCAUUCGAGUACAAGCUCGUGGAGUGAGCAGCAUGGCGUCUCCAGAGGGACCAGCCCUCCUUUCCGAUCCGCGUCAACAGGUCCAUCCACGAUGCGUUCAUCUCACAAUGAAGAUUACUUGAUCACGGCUACACGUGAGGAGUUGGAAGAGAAACUGAAGCGAAAUCUCUCUGAUCUGGAUCGAAUGAUUAGAAUAAUCAAAGAAUGA